AUGGACGUCGAAGUGACGGAAGAGGCUCAGGCGCGGAUUUGCCGCUUCAGCAGCCUCAACCACAAAUACGUCGAUUUGGAAUCUCGAAUCGAGAAGCUUACGGACGCGCUGCGCACGCUCCGAGACGCUCAAGAAGAGGCCAUGAUCGUUGUCGAUCCCAACGACAUCAUGCUGAAGAUAGUCGACACGGACACGAUUGAGGAGGAGAUUGAGAACCAAAUCACGGAGAAGCAAAAGAUCCUGGACGAGUGCAAAGAGGAGCUGGAGGCGACGAAGAAAGAAAUGACCGAGUUGAAGACGAAACUCUACGGCGAGUUCGGAGACAGAAUCAACCUGGACAAAUGA